GGUAACGCUCUCGUACUCCACCCGUUCACCCUAUAGCGUCGCCUCUUUCCAUUCCAUAUAUAACAGCCUAUCUGCCGGGUUUCGACUUUCGAGUUUCGACCGAGAGAAGAGAAAUAAGGAAAAAUGCUGUCUCCAGUACUGACACUCUCUACUGUAUUUUCGCGCUUUAAUUUGCUUCGCGAGCCAUCAUUUCCUCGUUUUGUAAGAACGCUCAGAACCCAUUUGAGACAACAUCAAAGACAGAAACUCAUUUGGUCUCCUUUGAUUUCUCCCGUCAAUUCUCCUGCUGUUGGUCUCUCUAAUUACAGUUUCCAUUCCCUCGACGCAGAGACUAGAAUUUCAGGAACCGGAGAUGAUUUGGUUGUUCUAGGUAUCGAGACGAGCUGUGAUGACACCGCUGCCGCCGUCGUUCGCGGAAAUGGAGAAAUUCUCAGCCAAGUGGUGUCUUCUCAAGCAGAUUUGCUUGCACGAUAUGGAGGUGUUGCUCCUAAAAUGGCAGAAGAAGCACAUUCUCAAGUGAUUGAUCAGGUAGUUGAACAGGCACUUGGCAAAGCAAAUUUGACCGAAAUGGAUCUCUCUGCAGUUGCUGUUACUAUUGGACCAGGUUUAAGUCUUUGUUUACGUGUUGGUGUGCGGAAAGCUCGAAAAAUUGCUGGGAAGUUCAACCUAUCAAUGGUUGGUGUUCAUCACAUGGAAGCUCAUGCUCUGGUUGCCAGGUUAAUUGAGAGAGACUUGCAAUUUCCAUUCUUGGCCCUUUUAAUUUCAGGAGGACAUAAUCUCCUUGUUCUUGCUCUUGACCUUGGCCAAUAUAUACAACUUGGGACCACAAUAGAUGAUGCAAUCGGUGAAGCAUAUGACAAGACAGCAAGAUGGCUUGGGCUUGAUAUGAGAAGAGGAGGUGGCCCAGCUCUAGAGGAGCUUGCUCAAGAAGGAGAUGCUGAAUCUAUCAAAUUCUCGAUCCCAAUGAAACAACACAAGGACUGCAAUUUCUCAUAUGCUGGUUUGAAGACCCAAGUGCGGCUAGCAAUUGAAUCCAAAAAAGUUAAAGCAGAAAUUCCAAUUUCUUCUGCAAGCUGUGAAGACAGAAGCUCACGAGCUGAUAUUGCUGCCUCUUUUCAGCGAGUUGCAGUAUUACACCUAGAAGAGAGAUGUGAUCGAGCAAUUGAGUGGGCAUUGAAGAUUCAGCCUUCUAUUAAAUAUUUGGUAGUGUCAGGAGGUGUUGCAUCAAAUAAAUAUGUGAGGACUCGCUUAAAUCAGAUUGUAAAGAAGAAGGGUCUGCAACUUGUUUGCCCCCCUCCAAGCCUUUGUACAGAUAAUGGUGUCAUGGUUGCUUGGACUGGGAUCGAGCACUUUCGCUUGGGAAGAUUUGACCCACCACCACCUGCCAAUGAACCAGACGAUUCUGUGUUUGAUUUGCGGCCAAGAUGGCCAUUGGGAGAGGAAUAUGCUGAAGGUAGAAGCGAAGCUCGCUCAUUGAGAAGAGCCCGGAUACAUCCAUCGCUUACAUCCAUCAUCCAAGCUUCUCUGCAACAGCAGUCGUGACUUACGUCCAGAAAAUCCAAUCAAACCCUUUAAUGAAAGUUGCCGAAAUGGAAUUCACACACACUCGGCCUAAUUCAGUCGCCUCUCAUAGUUUUCUAUGUUCUUGCCUUGAUCCAAGUUUUCUAUGUUCCAUGGAGCGCUUCAACUGUUGAAUAUUACACUCAGUAAAGAAGCUCGUUGGGGACAUACAAUACAAGACCAAGGUCAGGCCGAGACCCAUCACAUAUAAUGCGCAUUGAUGCAAGGCUAUAUUCACUGAGAUCCGCAAAAGGAGUCUUUUACAUGAUCUUCUGUUUUAAUUGGUAUUACCGUUUGAUUCUAGAAUGUAGAUCGAUCUCAACCACCUAUUACCAUUACUUGUUGAAUGGACCCACUUCACCUAUAUGUAUGAACAUGUACAAUGCAUUCUUUAUGUGAUGAUUCUUGUGGCAUCCUCAACAGUUUGGUUCUAAGAUAAUGUCUCAAGCAAAUAGAUGAUGCCAAAGAGUCAUUAACCACCCAUCAUCAUACAUCUAAAAGUCAAAAUUGGCUUAUAAGACAUUUUACCCUGAAAUUACAAUGCCCUACCGUCUCGGUCAUCUAGAUGCAAUGGGCCAACCGUCCAAGAAUAAAAGUUCUGAAAUUGGUACUGU